AUGACGGACAAGACUAACGGCAUCGAAUCCACCACCGCGCACAUCGAGAACCGCGGGUCUCUCUCCUCCGAUGAGCACAAGCAUCCAACCAACGCCAGCCAAUUGACGGCCAACCUCGAUGGAGAGUACGUCAACAGCACUGUCCCGAGCAUUUCCGACCAAGACACUGACACAAACAGAAUCCGCAAUCCUCUCGCCACCGUCUCAAAGGCCCAACUACUCGCUGAUGUCCACAGCUUCGCCGUCGAGCACGGCCUGCAAGACAUCGAACCGCUCCUGAUCAAGGGCGCCCUCUUCGCGCAGUCUCCCACUCUGUACGAGGAAAUUGAAGAACUCGAUGCCGGCGACCGCCAGGCCAUCCGCGAAGAAGUCACCCACCGCUUCAAGCUGCCGCGCAUGUUGUACUUCACCAUCAUUCUGAACUCGGUCGCCGCUGCUAUCCAGGGCUGGGACCAGACGGGUUCCAACGGCGCCAACUUGACUUUCGGCCAGGCAUUUGGUAUUCCAGACUCCGGCGCUACAUGUACUGCGCUCGGCACCUGCGAGAAGAACAGCUGGAUCAUUGGAUUUGUGAAUUCUUGUCCGUACAUUGCGAUCGCUUUGCUCACGGCUUGGAUCUCGGAUCCGAUUAACGACCUGAUCGGCCGCAAGUGGACUAUUUUCAUCGCUGCUAUUUUCUCACUGCUCGCGCCGCUUGGGUCGGGCUUCUCGCAGAGCUGGCCUCAGCUCGUCGUCUGUCGUCUCCUGCUUGGUGUUGGCAUGGGUCUCAAGGAAGUCACAGUUCCCGUCUUCUCCGCUGAAGUGUGUCCAGCUAGCGUGCGUGGCGGUCUCGUCAUGAGCUGGCAGGUCUGGACGGCUUUUGGCAUCUUCCUUGGUUUCGUGGCUAAUCUUUGCGUCAUGAACACUGGCGCCAUCGCCUGGCGUCUUCAACUCGGAUCCGCGUUCAUCCCAGCCAUCCCGCUCUGUCUCGGGAUUGCGUUCGUACCGGAGUCUCCUCGAUGGCUGAUGAAGAAGCGUCGGUAUGCCAAGGCCUACCAGUCGUUCUUGAAGCUGCGCAACACUCCCUUCCAGGCCGCCCGAGACUUGUACUACACCCAUGCUCUUCUCGCCCAGGAAGACGUUCUGGUUAGUCAGGCCGGUCUCAGCCCCAAGAGCAACCUCUUCACCCGAUUCAUCGAGCUGUUCACGAUUCCACGUAUCCGUCGUGCUACCCUAGCGUCCUUUGUGGUCAUGAUAAGCCAACAGAUGUGCGGUAUCAACAUUAUCGCCUUCUACAGCAGCACAAUCUUCAAGGAGGGUGGCGCUUCAGAGAAGACAGCACUAAUCGCCUCUUUCGGCUUCGGAUUGGUCAACUUCAUCUUCGCCUUCCCUGCUAUCUGGACCAUCGAUACAUUUGGUCGCCGCGGCCUCUUGCUCUCUACGUUCCCGAACAUGUUCUGGACGUUGCUCGCCGCAGGCAUGUGCUACUACAUCCCCAAGGAUAGCUCUGCACAUCUCCCUCUGAUCGCUUUCUUCAUCUACCUUUUCGGCGCUUUCUACUCCCCAGGCGAAGGUCCAGUCCCCUUCACGUACUCGGCUGAAGUCUUCCCGCUUUCCCAUCGCGAAGUGGGCAUGUCCUGGGCCGUCGCAACCAACAACUUCUGGGCCGCCGUCUUAUCGCUCACGCUUCCCCGCAUGCUCAGGGCGUUCAUGCCGCAGGGCGUGUUCGGCUUCUACGCUGGUCUGAACAUCAUCGCUCUGAUCAUGAUCUUCCUUUGGCUGCCGGAGACCAAGCAGCGGACGCUAGAGGAGCUGGACUUCAUCUUCAGCGUCCCGACGCGCACUCACAUGCGCUACCAGGUGUCGCAGAACUUGCCGUGGUGGAUCAACACGUACAUCAUGCGCAAGAAGGGUCUCCCGAAACCUAUUCUGUACAAGCUCGACGACGGUCCGGUGGUGGUUCAUCCUGUUGGAGAGAAGCACGUCUAG